AUGAAGCUCAUCGCCACCGUCGCCGUUGCUUUGGCGGCUCUUGCCCUAGCUGCGCCCAACCCCGAAGGUCAGACGACUUCAAUCAAACUCAGCAAGGACUAUGUCGACGCCAUCGUAGCCGCGUAUCCCGAUUCUUUCGAAGGCCAAGGCAGAAGCUUUUCGAAACGACGAUUGCGCAAACCGGCGCUUACGCGGUUCCCUCGUACCAUUUCAAAGUCCAGUCAGGCCAGUAUUCGUUUCAAACUUUUGGUGGAGAUGAUUCACUGCGACGUGAGACGGAACGGUCGAUCACCGACGCGAAUCCGAGCACAGGGCAUUGUUCCGCUCUACCGGCCGACACACCCUGCCCCUCCUCGGCGCCGGCCGAUCGGAGUCCGGCAGUACACGCCAAGGCUAAGGCGGGAAGACCCGCGCCGGGGAACUGCUCCGGGAAAGCGGGGCGACCUCCGUCUGCCGCAGAUGAACGCCGAGGAGAACGGGCAGGAGACGAUGCUCCGCCCUCCUCUUUCCCCCUCCUCGCCUGUGCAGCUACCCGCCCUCGCAGGUUCUCCCUUCCCGAGCUGCCGUUGGUGUUUCCAUCUGAUUCUUCGAUGCUGCAAUCAUGAUGAAAUCGCGGCCGAAGAGUGCGGGAACCGCAUUGAUGACGUCAGGAGGGGAAUCAUCGGGCUUUGUCAAAGCGAGCAAAUCCCCCCCAACCUUCACGAAGGAGUGAAGGAAAAAAAGCACGAUACCAUCAACAAGUGUCUGCUCAGAGCAUCACUGCAAUCUCGCUUAUCGACCACCAUGGCUACCAAGCCGGACGCAAAUGCCGGAGAUCCCAUCAGCGCCGAGAACCAAGUGCUUAGUGCUGGUGCUUCAGUAGUGCAGGACUUCGCACCAUUAAGCAAUGUCUGCGCUCACCUCAACGCCUUUCACGCAUAUGCCUCUGAUCCCACACGCGUGGUGGAGGCAAAUCAUUACUGCGGGCACUUGAACGAAGAUGUCCGUCAAUGCAUACUCUACGAUAGCCCCGCGAAGAAUGCACGCAUCAUUGGCAUCGAGUACAUGAUCACACCAAAGCUCUACGAAACCUUGGACUCGGAGGAGCGAAAGCUCUGGCACAGUCAUGUGUAUGAGGUCAAGUCAGGCAUGCUCAUCAUGCCACAGGGAAAGCUACCGGACUUGGCUUGGCAAGCGGCAGAGAAUAAGGAGAUGGAGCAAGUCGUCCAGCUCUAUGGAAAAGUGUUCCACCUCUGGCAGGUCGACAAAGGCCAUCAGCUGCCCUUGGGCGAACCGCAACUCAUGACAAGCUUCACCCAGACCGGCCAAUUGGACUUUGCCAAGUACGUUGGCGACCGAGACAAAAGGUUCAACUCAGAUUAUAAGCAAAAAGAGGAGGCUCGGAAGCAUAUUGCGAGCCCGUCGGUUCAUCCCGACGCUGACCAAGCCUGGAAGGAGAAGGACAAGAACAAGGGAGUCUCGUAA